AUGUUCGAUUGGAAUUGGCUUUGGGUUGUUGGAGAAUUAGGUGUAUCAUAUGGAUUUUAUCGAUGGUGGAAAUCCAAUGAUACAUUUGUGGCUGUUCUUGAGGUAGCACCUGAUAUAGAUAUAGAUACAUUAAAAAAGUUUUCAUCAUCAACAAGUACAAUUGAUCUUGCAUCAGUACAUGGUCUUGUACAAGUAAAUGAUUCUAAACCAAAUUCAAUAUUAAAAUCACAAUUUAUAUCAGAUUCUACGGGUGUCAUUCAUCGUUUAACAAUACGUGAACAAAGAUUUGAAAAAGCUCGUAAUGUUUGGGUUGAAACAAAAAAUUUAAUUAGUGAUAAAACACGUUAUGUACCAUUUCGUCUCGUUUCACCAAAAGGAAAUUUCAUUCGUAUUGACAAACCAUUAGAAUUCAAUUCAGUACAAGAUCAAUUAGAACUAAUUCAUGUUAAAUUUGAUCCAAAUGUAUCGUCAUCCGUAGAAAAACUUAUUAAUACAGCUAUUGGAAAUGUAUCAAAAGGCAUUGAAACACAAGAACAUAUGCUAUUAAUUGAUAUUCCAUUGACUGGUAUUGGACGUUUAGAAAGACGAUCUGGUAAUUGGUAUUUAAUUCCACAUGAACAAUGGGGUGGAAUAUUAUCACGAUCAACUCGAAAUGAAAUUUUAUCUCGAUAUCGAAAACAUUCAAAUAUUAUUCGAGUCGUUAGUAUAUUGUUUGGCAUUGCUGCUAGUUGUACAGCUGCUUAUUUAAUCUAUCAAUAUUAUUUAAAACGACAACGACAAACAAAUACUUUACCAAGAACUGCACCAGUUAUUCAUCGAAAUGAAGACACCAAUGAGAAUACUCGUUUACAAUGUGUUAUUUGUCUAGACAAUGAAACUACUUAUAGUUUACAACCAUGUUCACAUUUAGGUUUAUGCCAUACAUGUGUUCAACAAUUAAAAAAUCAAACACAACAAUUAUGUCCAAUUUGUCGAACACCUAUUCAAUUCUAUCAGCGUAUAUUUUUACCAUAG